GUUGGUCUUGAGCGUUUCUCACAGAAAGCAGCCACGUGCAGCCGACUGCACGGCCUGCUGUGUUAAUGGCUGGGAUGCACAGGGCUGCAGCGCUGGCGUUCUGCUGGAUCUGCUCUUCCUUCCCACAGUGACAGCGGAACGCGGCAGAAAGCGCAGCGAGGCGGCAGAGCAGCAAGGAGCUGACGUACAGAGCGCGGGCUGUGGGGAGAAAAGCAAGAGGAGAAAGAGGGCACCGGGUGUUGGUGUUCCCCCGGACUGCCACGUGGAUCGGUUCAUUCAGUGGCAUCAAGGCUGGACCUGCUUGCAGCGGCUUUGGACACCUCGCCCACGGGAUGGAUGCAUUGCUGUACAACUCCCCAGUGGCCGGGAGAGCUUCUCCAGAUGCUCAUUGCCAACGGGGCUCCCCCGUGAGUGCGGAUCUGGGUGAUGAGAUUGUGGCGAUCUGGGAUGCUGUGUCUGAUUACAUCCUGGAACAGAUGAAGCUGGACAAGGGAGUCCUGGUCCCGGGACUCGGGCUCUUUGCUGCGGUCCGAGAGCAAUUCCACAGCAAAGAAGUGGCGGUGUCGGUCCGAAGACCUGUCUUCCAGCUGGACAUCGGGGUGCUGUGGCUGCAGGACCUCCAGUCGCCCACCGACAUCAUCCCCGACGAUGUCAAGAUUGAGCGGCUGAACUACCGGCAGCUCUCGCGAGCCACCGGCAUCUCGCUGCACGUGGUGCAGCGCUGCGUGCGAGAGACCGUCCUCUUGUACUGUCACCUCCUGAGGAACAAGGCGCACGUCUCAUUCGCCUUCAAGAACAUCGGCGUUAUGACGUACGAGGACGACUUCCUCUGCAUGAGGUUCUUGUCCAGCUGCAUUACAACGCUGGAGAGCAAUGCCAGCCUGACUGCACUGCUCCACACUAGAAUUUGGCCGGCCCGUUCUGCUGACUUCGGGUCAGAGACUACCGCUCAUGGAAUCCAGGUGUUGCCGAGGUUUCAGCUCGCUGUGAAAAAGAGCAGAGCAGAGGCCGCCGCAGAAAGGAACGCUGCAGUGGCGCGGAAGAUGAGUAGAGGGGGCACUGCCGGCAGGCUGCUACAGAAGCGGAAGACACUUCCCCCUCCAUGCUGCUGCAAUACCAGGCAGGCUCAAGGCAGCAAGAUGUGGCAAAGAAGCCUUCUGCCAGCGUGCUCCCGCCGUGUGCAGGCAGCUCCCACGGGAGAAAGCAAGCAGGACAGAAGGAACCAUCUACUCCUGCCCAGACCAGCACUGCACUCCCUGCGACAGAGGACUCUAAGAGAGUGCUGCAGGAGCUCCGGGAAGUGUCUGCCCUGUGGAAUGAAGCAGACCGCACGUGGCCCGUGUACCAGCAGCAGGUAGAGCAAACGCGGGCAGAAAGAGCGGCAUGGGAAGG